AUGUCAAACUCCAACUUUAGGUUGACGAUUGAAGACGGCCAAUUUCGCGAUGCCCACGGCCGACAAGUCGUUCUCCGGGGAAUAAAUUGCGCAGGUGAUGCCAAAUACCCUAGCACCCCCGACCAGUCCUCCUACAUCCCCGACGACUUUUUCGAGGGCGACACCGUUCAGUUCCAUGCGCGGCCGUUUCCGCUUUCCGACGCACAUCAACACUUCUCGCGACUCAGGCGGUAUGGAUAUAACUCGAUCCGGUAUAUCUUCACAUGGGAGGCCAUUGAGGCGGCCGGUCCCGGGAUCUAUGACGAAGCCUGGAUCCAGCAUACUCUCGACGUACUGAGAGUAGCCGGAUCUUACGGUUUCUACGUGUUCAUGGAUCCCCAUCAAGAUGUAUGGGCUCGAUUUUGUGGAGGUUCCGGCGCUCCGAUGUGGACCAUCUACGCGUGCGGACUGAAUCCGCAGAGCUUUGCGGCCACCGAGGCGGCGGUUGUGCAAAAUACGUACCCGGAACCCGACGAAUUCCCAAAGAUGAUUUGGUCGACAAACUACUUUCGUCUCGCUACCUCUACCAUCUUCACACUCUUCUUCGCUGGCAAGGAUUUUGCGCCCAAGUGCAUCAUCAACGGCAUGAACAUCCAAGACUACCUUCAGUCCCAUUUCACCAAUGCGUGCGCUCACCUCGCGAAGAGGAUCCAUGAGGCUGGAGAUCUCGAGGAUGUCGUCGUUGUGGGGUGGGAGAGUAUGAAUGAGCCCAAUCGCGGUCUCUGUGGGUACUCGGACUUGGGUGUUAUUCCAAAGGACCAGAACCUGAAGAAGGGAACUUGCCCGACUAUAUGGCAAUGCCUGCUUACCGGAUCUGGGAGGGCCUGCGAAGUCGAGACAUGGGACAUGGGCGGGUUGGGCCCAUACAAGGUCGGGACGAUCCUCAUUGACCCGCACGGAGAACAGGCCUGGCUUCCGGCCGACUACGAUGAUUCGAGGUACGGAUAUAAACGAGACGAAGGUUGGAAGCUUGGGGAGUGUAUUUGGGCUCAACACGGCGUUUGGGACCCUGCGACGGAUACCUUACUCAAGAAGGACUAUUUUGCGAAAAGUCCACGCACUGGCGAGGUCAUCGACUACCCCAACUUUACCAACACUUACUUCAUGGAUUUGUACCGCAGAUGGAGAGAUGCUGUGCGAGCGCAGCACAAAGGCUCCAUCCUACUGAUGCAGUACCCGACGCUUGAGCUGCCACCAGAGAUUGUUGGCACGGAAGACGACGAUCCAAAGAUGGCAUAUGCGCCUCACUUUUACGAUGGCAUCACUUUGAUGACGAAGAAGUGGAAUAGGACAUGGAAUGUCGAUGUGGUUGGCGUCCUACGGGGCAAGUAUCUCCACCCUGUCUUUGCAAUCAAGGUGGGCGAAUCAGCCAUCCGCAAUUGCUUCAAAGACCAGCUGGCAUACCUAAGGCAGGAAGGGAAAGAUAGGCGGGGAGAUCAGUGGAAUGGCGAAGACCUUUCCAUCUUCUCCCUCGACGACAAGCCCGUUCCCCUCAGUGCCCUCCCGAAGAGUAUCGACGGGGCGAGCUCGUCGACCCUGGUGGCCGAUCGCGCCUCUCGCGAUGUCGCAAACGAGACGACCGUGACGCCUGAAAACCUCAGGCAAGUGCUGUCGACGCCCUCCAUCUCCUCCGAGCCUGGGAAAGCGCCCGAAGCCGCAGACACGCCGGGCUAUCGAGCUGCCGAAGCCUUUAUUCGCCCUUCGCCGGUCCACAUCAACGGCCUGGUCAAGGAAUAUGGCUUCGACCUACGCUCCUGCACGUUUACGCUCAAGAUCAACGCGACCGCGGUGGCCAACAACGACACUCCGACCGAGAUUUUCUUGCCCGAAUUCCACUUCCCCGCUGAAUCUUGCACGGUUGAAGUGUCGUCCGGGAAAUGGGAGAUCAACUCGGAGGACCCGCAGUGCCCUAACCUGCAAAGGCUACUCUGGUGGCACGGAGAUGGCGAGCAGACGUUGAAGGCGGCUGGGCUGGUGAGAAAACACAACGUCGUCGAGGGCACGGCGGAGGAGGCGGGAUACUUGGAACAAUGCCAGCAAACAUAUGGUCUGGGAGGGAUCAUCAUCUUCUAA